AGCGUGGUCAGCUAAUUAUUGACAACGCAGACCACUAUGAAACCGAAAGCAGUGGAACUGGUUAGAUCAACCGCUGGGGUAAUAAUAACGAGCUUACAAGGCGCCCAUCGCCACAUCAUCCGCUUAGAUGUAUGACGUCUGAUCGUCCAAGCGCUUAUGUUGCAUCGAAACCUGAGUGCAAUGCCUCGGCAGGUUGAACUUGAAGGGGCCCGUGGAAGUUUCCACGAGUCGCCAUCGCAAUGGUUUGCUAGGCGGUGUCACCGUAUUGUGGACCAUGCAACACCCAGUACUAGACCAAUACUGGUUCUUGCUGUUGUGACGACGCGUCCCAGCCUCGACAAUUGGACUGGGUAAAGCUGUGGCAGUGCCAGCUAGUAAAGUUGCAACGUUGAGCUGUCUUUUUCGGACUAUUAAGGUCCCGGAUGAUGCAUUGAUCAUAUCGGGGACCACGUUACCAUAAACCACAACGUUGACCUCCGCUGUACAGUCACGAAAUGGAUGGUUGGGUUGAUUACAUUCAUUUUUCGUUCCUCGGUGAACAUAUCCUCUUGAGUUCUCUGCGCCUACACACUGUCUGGGAUUUAUUCCUCGGUGUUAUCCUGACUUCUGUCAUAUGUUUUUCCGAGAGAUUCUUGUCGUUUGCUAUUACCAAGCAUUGGCGUCCUCAUUUCAUUGGUCGUUCGCGACUAGCAAAAGCAGUAUGGAGAGCAACGUUAUAUGGUGUUGCAACAACACUUAGACUACUUUACAUGCUUAUCGCCAUGUCAUAUCAAGUAGGUCUCAUCCUUGCCGUUGUUGUCAUGUUGUCAGUCGGACAAUUCCUCUUCGAGUAUGUUGAUGCUGCCCCAGCAAAAUCAACCACCUAUGAUAAGAUUAGAGAUCCUCUCCUGGACUCUGAGAGUGAGGACGACUCAUACAAUAUGUCUACACGAUCAUGGCAGCCCAAAACCCGCCGAACGAAGCCAAAACCAGAGGCUAUUCUUAUUCACCCCGGCGACUCUAACCUCGCCCGCGCCGAUGCUGCGGCGCAGGAACUUGGCAUAGCUGGUGACACCGAGCGAGUAAAAGUCAAUCGCUAUCCUGUUGAUCAGGAUGCUUGGGAGCAUGGGAAGGGUAGAGACAUAGCCCGACAAUUACUUGGAAGCACAGCACGACGUCCUCAGUCCCCGCCAGAUAAUCCCAUGUCCCAGAUUUCCAAUGAGUCUUGAGCCCCGAGGGUUCAGAAAUUGUAGCACGUCAGAUUGUUGUAUAAAUGAUCUUUACAAGCCA